CCUCCGAGCCCGCCCCCGGCCCCGCUACUUGCCCCGUGCUCCUCCCUCCACCGCCGGGCUGCGGCUGCGCUUCGUGGGCGGCGGGAGGCAAAUGGCGGCCGCCGCCUUCUCCUCCUCCUUCACCGUCUCGCUGCGCCCCUGCUUGGCUCCCCUGAGGAGAUGGCGAGCCCUGUCCUGCCCGGCGCCCCGCAGCGCCAGCGGCUCCCCCCGCAGCGCCGCCAGCGAUGAAGCAACUGUUAUCUCAGGGACCAAGCUUGCUAAAGAAGUCUUGAAGGAAGUUCAAAGGGAUGUGGAAUCGUGGAUAUCCUCUGGAAACAAGAGGCCUCAUCUCACUGUUGUAUUAGUAGGAGACAAUCCAGCUAGCCAUAUAUAUGUCAGAAACAAGGUAAAAGCAGCUACAGCUGUAGGCAUUUCUAGUGAGAUCAUACUAAGGCCUGAAGAUGUUUCUCAGGAAGAACUGUUAGAUAUGACAUUGAAACUCAACAAGGAUCCAUCAGUUAGUGGUGUAUUAGUUCAGCUACCUCUCCCAGACCAUAUAGAUGAGCGAACAGUUUGUAAUGCUAUCGCACCCGAAAAGGAUGUGGAUGGAUUUCAUAUUAUUAACAUUGGACGUCUGUGUCUUGAUCAGCCUUCGAUAAUACCUGCAACUGCUGCUGCCGUGUGGGAAAUAAUAAAGCGGACAGGAAUCCAAACAUUUGGAAAAAAUGUUGUUGUAGCUGGGAGAUCUAAGAAUGUUGGAAUGCCAAUUUCAAUGCUUUUACAUACUGAUGGAGAGCAUGAAAGACCUGGCGGUGAUGCUACAGUGACCAUUACUCACCGAUACACGCCGAAAGAGCAGCUCAAGAUCCAUACUCAACUUGCUGACAUUGUCAUAGUAGCUGCAGUAGAGUACACAGAGCAGCCGAGGCUCUUGAAGCUUAUGCAGACCUGUCUGGAAGAGCACCACAGCUAUUGUAUUAAUGGACUCUGCGCUUUCCACAGUGAGCUGAGGAAACCCAUCUGCAAGUGCCUUGCAGGUUAUAAUGGAGAGAGGUGUGAACAUUUAACACUAAAUUCCUAUGCACAUAAUUCUUACGAACGCUACAUUGCUGUGGGAAUUGGUAUAGGGAUACUGACAAGUGGGAUACUUGCCAUCAUCUACUGCUACGUAAGAAAGAGAUGCAGGAAAUUGAAAUCGCCCUACAAAGUCUGCACAGGAGAGACAGCGUUGUGAAGACAUGGCGCUGGGACACUUAGCAAUCUGCCUGUAGGCAAGAGGCGGUUCUGUUUGGAGGGCCACCCCCCGCCAUCUAGCAGGUACCCCAGCCUCGCUGACGAGGUGAAAUGAAGGGAGUGACGGAGCGAGUGUGUAAACGGAACUGCUGCAGAACUGCUGGGCUCCAUUCGCUUUUGAAGAAAGACUUGAUAUUUCUAGUGAAGGCUGCUAGAUGAGCAGGUCAGAACAGCAAGGGAUACUUGCAGCCUUCUCAGCGCUCUCCUGCGGUUCAUAUUUGUCCAGGAGAGGACUGAGUCAUUUUAUCUAGUUUUUGGUCAUUUCAAGCCCUAGUACAGUGUUCUGCUCUGGUCUUUCCUGUCUUUUUUUUUCUCCUUCCCUGAAACAACCUGUUUCACAAUGGAAUUGUAUUCUGAACAUCAUGUGCUGAUGAGAAGCCAUCUGGAUUCUGCUUCUAUUGCCGUAUGGGACAAAAUCAUCAAGUGCUUUGGACUGAGGAAAAUACAUUGUUCUCGGAGACUUAGUAAAAUCUGGAAUAACAGGUAUGCGAUUUCUGGAAAAUCAGACUAUGACACCUUGGGACACAGCAAGUUCUUAACGUUUUUGACGACAGAAGGAAUUCAACAUCUUUCUCGAAAUGGAUUAUGGAGUGUGCUUGUGACAAAGAACACAAGUUUUCCUAAACAUCAUGUAGCAGCUCAUCACAUUGCUGAAACUUAAUGCAAAACAUUGCUUUGCUGCACGGUGAUUUCAGAGCAAGACUCCAGCUGCUACAGAAUCUGGAAUUUUGUUAUGCAACUUAGCAUAGCUUUGCCAAGGAAGCAUAUUCAUUUUACUCCUUGUGCACAUCCUGUGCACAAUGUGACCACUCAGAUAAAAAAGAAAUGGCCACAGGGAUUUUGUUUCGUCCUGGCCAGACAGAUUAUUACCAGGUGCUUGUUUUCCUUCAUCUUUCCUACAAAGAAACGCGAAGGCCGGAGGAUUUUGGUCAAGAAGAGACUGAGUUGGUUGUAAGGAUGGUGGCACUAAUUGUGACUUCUCACUGACAUUUGGAGGAUUUGCCAGUGCCGAUGAGACUGGAGAUGUCUCCCAGAGAUUUUUCAUUUCAGCUGUUGCACAUUGUAGACAAAUUUGCUGUGCUUAGUCAUCUACAAGGAAAAGGCAGAUAGGUACCUCAACAAUCUUUGGGAUUUUUGUGGAAUAAUGCAGGCUCCUAAAUUGCUGUGCGUUGCUGAGAGGUUCAAUUUCUUUGUUAUGCAAGUUCAUUUUUACCAGAGGAUGGUUGUCAUUUGUUUUUUGUUUAAAAAAAUAAUAAUAAUAAGCUGUGUAUUUGUGAGACUACAAUGGUAAUGCUGAAGUGUGUAUGGAAGGCUGGAUUUUGAGGAGGUAAAUGCACACUGAGCACUUGAGUGUUCAGAAGUUCAGUGGGCUCCUCACAUGGGGGAUCCUGGUCAGUAACUGAGUCGUCUCAGCUCUUGAUUUCAUACAAAAAAAAAAAAGGCAAACAAAAAAACCUCACAGCACAUGACCCUGACUGGACAUGAUUUUGAAGUCAGCUUUCAGUUGUUGCCCUGUUUUCUGUGUCACCUGUAUGUAGUGAGAGAGCAAUCAGAUGUUAAUGCCUGUGCAAAUGCACUUAGGCAUGCAAAAAACACCCUUCACCCCUUGCACACACACACUGUACAAAGGCUGAACUGAAGUACCUGUUAAAAACUGCACGUCAUCAGGAAAACACAGGUUAAAAAUCUUCCUUAUAUCUCUGAGAAAAUUUUAAUCGCUGGACAGGCCAAAAAGAGGAAAAGCUGCAAAGCAUUUGUCAUGCAAAUUAAUCUUUUCCAGUGUCUCUUCCCACACACACCUUGCAAGUGUUGUGUUCGCUUGUAGAAAAAAAAUCUUUCUGCAUCAAGAAGUCUGUCGUGGAGCAGCCAUUCACAGCAACACAACUUUUUCAGUGCAUAUAUGCAGCUGCUUGAGGAGUUUUCAAGUCAGGAGUUUGAACAGCUGGAAUUUCUUUUGUCCUAAAGAGCUGUCAGCAGAGAGAUGGAUUUGUGUGUGUGUGUGUGUUUUAACCAUUUGUGAAUCCACUCGCUGAUGUUCUUCACUAUCUGGUGGCCAAAUGGGUGCGCUGCAGGUCAUCGAAGUGCUUCUUGAAAAGUAUUUAUUCAAAACAGAGAUACUCUGUACCUAGAGAAAUGCACACUGAUAUUUUUUUAUGUUUAACUAGAACAUGGAUGCCAGCUGAAAAGGGAGAUUAUUUCAAGGCCCCAGUUUGGCAGGAAACUUUUUCUAGUUUGCUUUCAGGACCAAGGCAGCUCUGUGAGGGCUGCCUGCGAAAUUUUGCAGGGGUUUUGUGCUAAUGGAAGAAAAGCUCCAGAGUGAAAUACCAGAUGAGUCCAUGGCAUGCAAAAUAAAACUUGGUCUAAGCGCAGGGAGAGUAAAAUGGAAAGACAGAUGGAAGAAGGAAGAGAAAUGAGGUCUUUGCUUUAUUUUUUUUUCUUUUUCCAAUUGGUAGUGAGGCUUCCAGAUGUGGGUUCCUCACCACUUGGGUGCCUCAUCCUUUGCCAAAGCACGAUGUGGGAGCAGGCUGCCAGCUCCUCAAACAUCCCAGCUUGGUGGCACCAGCACAGAUGACUGUUCUCUCUGUCAGCCUGCACAGUGUUUACAGGCUGUAGCCCGUUUGGGAGAAGAGCCUUGUCAUUGCUGUUCUAAGGGAUUUCAUCAGGCCCAAGCUGUGUUUGAGGCAUCCCUGCAGGAAUGAAUCAUUCAGCUGUUUGAUGCAGUGACCCUGCUGAGGAAGUCUGUGCUGCCUCAGAUUGCUUCGUGGAGUCAGCUGUGCUGAGCCCUGCCUUGAUAAGUGACAGGUGCUACUGGGCUAGUAUUGUCUGUUGCUGCUUACAGUGCUGAAUUUCCUGCAGAACUGGCCCGUCAGAGGAUCGGGAUCGUCUUUCCUGUCUCAUUUAUCAGGCUCAGACUCUUUCUGUAAUGGCAUAAUUAACAGAGCUGUGAGCUUCUCUUUCCUAUUAGCUGCACGUGCCAAAAACGCUGCCAUUUCGGGAGGAGACCCUGUGCUUGUGUGGCUUCUGGGUACCCCUGCAUCAGGCGUAGUGGGGGCACCAGCUCAGCAGGGAGGGGAGAGAGAUGCUAAAGACUGGGACCUGCCUUUGCAAAGGACGGAGCAUUGCCUUGCAUGCGAUCCUGGCUGCUGGAACCACACCACAGUGCCUCACAGUGCAUCACUUGAGCCUAGCUGUCCAUACGCAACCAAACCCUCUCCCUACUUCGCAGCAAUCCUCUCUCAACAUCUGGGUGCACUUUGUCACUAAUGCUUGGCUGGGACUUGAGCUCCUCCCCAGCAUCUGACACCCGUUUUCUUCUGAAGUACCUGGGUAGCCCGCAGUGUACCUGCUGGCAGCAAGGCCCAUUUAAAAUGCUGGGAUGCAAGCCUGUGGAAAAGAUGAGUGUCCUGGCAAAAUACUUUUCUUAAUCUUGGAAGGAAGCAUAUUGCUGGCUGACAGUCAGUGCACAAAGUGUCCCUGUGGGCACUGAAAACUGUCCCACCUUCCUGACAGGGUGUGCUGUUGUUUCCUAGCAGUGCCCAAGAUCACCCAUGAGUGCAUCAGCAGCCUGAGCAGGGGGCAUGCCAGCAGCCAGGCCACUGGCACAACUCGUCUCAUAGCCAGUCAGCAACAGCAGGCAGUGCCAGAGGCUCCCGGAGCUGGUCUGAGAGAUGUGGUGGCAGGCAGGUAGGAGAGUUUUCCCUCAGAGAAGGUUUUCUCUUAUUGUUGAUAACUGAGAACAGGGUUUGGAUGAUAAUACAGCAGUGUGUCUGAUCCUUCUCACAUACAAUGGAAGAACAGCUUCUUCUAGUGUGUAGUAAAAGAAAAAAAAAAAAAGAUUUGUGUUUAUGUGGCUGGCAAAAGGCUUCCUUGGGCGUCAUUUGAGCCAUAAACGCUGGGUUAUGUCCUAGGAACUAGAGGUGAAGUGUUAGCAGUUCUCUAUUUCAGGCAAAAACAAUCACAUAGCUCAGCAUAACUUCCUGACUUUUUAGUUGUUAACACUAGUUCUGUUUUAUUUAAUUUCUGGUCCAUGUAAUGUGCUGUGGUUGGAAAAGCAUCCCUCAAAGAGAAAGCCAAUUUGGCAAAAUAAUGAAUUUAAUAAUUAUGUUAGGAAUAGUUGCAAUGACCUCUGUGACUUAAUGGAUUUGACUUCACAGCAUCUACGUGAAGCAGAUCAGUGCUUUGGGGAUGAUGUGCUGUGGAAACUGAGACGAGGACGGACUAAAUUCACGUGAGUGAGAGGCAUCAGGGCAGCGAAUCCAGACUCCUCGGAGCCUCUUGUGCUGUAGCCAAUAGGUCAUGUUUUUGCUCCUUUUAGUGCUCUUAAGAAAUGGUUAUCACAUUGAUGGAUAAUGCGCUAGUAGUUUUCAGAGAGGGAAAAGAAGGGAAUUCUAGGUAAGAUGAAAGUUCGAAGGCAAGAACAUGAGUUUCUUCUUGAAUAUUCAUUUGAGCUCUGGGUGGUAUAUGACAUGAGGACAAGGUUUUUGUUUGAGAAAUAUGACAACAAACCAGUACUUGGGAGGGGAGGGAAAAAAAGGCGAUUCACAUGUGCAAGUAAAUGAUCAGCAGGUUGUAUGCGGUUAGCUCCAACCCAUUGUGUGCAGGGUUUGUGGAAGUCCUGUUCAUUUCAGGAGCUCCUGGCCAGGAACAGAACAAUUUCAGGGCAGCCUUGAGAAAAGUGAACAUGACAAACUAGGAGGGGGGAGAAUGUACUGGUUAUUGUUUACAUUUCAAGGUGUUGGGUGGCUCAAAGGCACGAGAGAGCAAAUUGGCCUGACGACUGAGAGACUGAAAGUGCUGUCUGCACAGCUCAGUGCUUUGGUCACUGCGUUUGUAGAGCUCUGAUGGCAUCUGCAGUGACGUGUGGCUGCUCGUGCACAUCACGUCCUUCGCCUGGCUCUGGAGAGGGAAGCACCUGUAGAGGUCCCUAUUGUACUAUAAAUCCAGGAAAUCACUCAGGAUGCCUUUACGACCAGUUAACAAACAAACAGAAAAGCGCAGCUACUCAUUAAAAGCUCAGUGUAAGUAGUCAUUAAUUAUCAUGACAGCAAUAAAAUCUUGUACUAUGACUAGGCUCUGGGCUGCUCCUACUCUCGCUGAAGUGAGUGUGAGCAAGAGCAGGCUCUGAGAAGCAGCUCUCAGCGAGCUGAAGGAGGUGUCGCAGCACAGCUGCUGCUGCUGGUUUGUGCCUCCUCUGGAGGAGGACCCAUGAAAUGAGAGGAAACAGAGGCACGGGGAGGCCAAGUCACUUGAUCUAAAUCCCAGAAAACAAGAUGGGUGUGUAGACCCUGGGCCUUUGGGCCCUUACACGGCCUAGGUAAUGGCUUUUUUCUCCUAUUUGCAGCCCAAUAUUUUGCUUUUAUUAAGAAAGAGCAGAGGUAUGGGGCCUGGCAAGAGACCCUGAAAGAGACCCCCGAGGCAGGGUAGCCAUUCAGUAGGCAUCUUAUUAAUAAAGGAUGGAAAUCUGUAGUACCUAUGAUCAUGUUUUCAUGGUCUCACAUCUAAAUCUUUUCUUUUCUUCCUUGCUGGGGCUUCAAUUUGAUAAAUGUUCACAUAGAAGAGAAAGGCACAAUGUAGGCAGUAAGUGACACAGAAAAAUACAAAUAUAAUGCUCUCCAUCAUGGGAUUUUUCCAUAUAGCUCAUGGAUUAUGGGUUAUGGUCUGUGUCCUGCUCUUACAUCCCUGUAGAAGCAACAGGUCACAUAACCACACUGAGGCUGUUGUAUAGCUGGUCCAAUUGAUUGUUAGUUUGAUGGAGUUGGACAAAUUAAAAUUUUAAUCUUAAAAAUAUGAGAAAUUCCCAAGCUAGGGUAAAAACGGUUUUAAAUGCUUGUCUUCUCUAACAGUUCAAGAUGAGCUGAACGUGGGACUUGAGGCAUGUCUUGCCAAGCCACAUUUUGGGAGAUGCCCAUCCAAUUUUUUUCCCCAUUUAGGCAAUCAGGACUCCUGCGAAAUUGGCAGGUAGCUCUGGGAUCGGUUUUCCAACUCAGAAGUCAGAGGUAUCCAGAUGGCACGUUUGGGUUCUGUAUCUGACAGUGACUCACUUAAACACAGAAUUUUAAUGAAAUCUUCAUGUUGAGUUUAUCUGGUGCAGGUUUGCAAACAGGUUGCCUAACAGCAGUUCCAUUUUGACACUCUUAUUUAAACAGUACUUUGUCCUUUAACAGGCAGAAGCACAGCUAGGUGGUUCUGUGAGUACUAGAAAUUGAAAUGUGGCUGUGGUUCUUGGCCAUGACUGACCCAAAAUACCGUGUGGUGGCUUUGUCAUUGGCCAAGGAGAGACUGAGAAUGGGGAGCCAGGCUGAGGCAGCUGUGGGAAGGCUUCCCAGGCACAGCACAUCCAGGAGCCUGGUGCUGAGUGCACCCCACAUGCUGUGCAGGGGCUGCAGACCUCCUGGGAGCACUGUUUCUGUUUGCAAAUUGAUCUGUCUUCAGCUUCCCAAGGCAAGGAGCCACAAUGUGACCCAGGGUUGGGAGUGGUACAGCUCGUCACUGUCACUUUACGACAUAUGCUCUGCUCUUUGCUACUUUGAAUUAUUUUAUAGUGGUGUUCUGUCAUCGUUUUUGCUAUGGCAGGCGAAGAAAAAGCCAAGAACUCUUCCUAUGUCUUCUCUGUGCAGGACUCCAGCACAAAGAUGCCUCCUGGUAGCUCCUGCUGAGAAAUAGCACAGCCAGGGUUGAGACACAAGAAGAUAGGGCCGUGCUUUGCAAGAGCAUCUGACUAACCCGAGCAAAGCUAAUUUGUUUGACAUCAUUGCUGUACGUAAGACUAAGUCUGUUUGUGUCCCAUUGUUACGGCAAAUCCCAUGAUGAGCUGCGUUUUAUUGACUUCUGCUGGCCGUUUGACGGAGCCCCAGCGGCAGAUGUGAAUAGGAGCGCUGUUCCAGGAAGCUGUCUAAUAGAUACUCCUUGGGAUUUGGAAGGUUGCAGGGCAACCGGUAGGCCUGGCAGGUAGCUGCAACAGCUUUACGUAACAGGGAGGACCCAGGAGCUUUCAGGGCAUCCCUGCCCUGCGAGCCAGCCAGCCCAGCAGCCACCCCGCAGGGCGGUGAGGCAUCUAAGACAAGGCACUGGCAGGCAGGGGACAGUGUGGGGACCGGGAUUUUAUGGGGCCAUGCCACAUGGCCAGAACAUGCAGAUUUUGACCUAAGUGUUUGUGUCUUUUCCCUCUCUUCAAGACUACAUGCAUGUGCUUAUGCCUAUUUAGUGGAGGGAUGUUGCUGAGACAGCAAAACACGAGGAGGGGCCCCUCAGGUGGCCUCAUCUGCACUUGUGCUUUUUGGCAGCUCUUAGCAUCUUAGACAUUGGGUCUUGGCAGCUCUGGCACAGAACGUGGGCAUAGCAGGAGAGCUGCUGGGAAGGGUGGUGGUUAUGCUGUGUGAUUUUCCAGCAAGGAAAAUAAGUGGAUGCAGAGUUCCUAGAUGACUGACUGACUGCCGUGUGACAGGGCCUCAUCCUUCUGUUCAAUUCAAGAUCAGACCUGGGUCCGCAUGGGAGCAAAUGCUGGGAUACCUGAAGGUUGUAGCAGGUAGAGUGGUGGCUGUGAAAACAAUCCAGUAGGAAUUUGUGCUAAUUUCUCUUGCUGCCUUGGUGGCAAGGGGCAGAACUGUGAACUUGAAGAUGGGCAUGAACUUGAAGACAAAGGCUGAUGAACCCGUGAAGCUUGUAAUUUCCAGGCUGAUCCUGUAAAACAAGUCAGAAGAAGCAGGAUUGAGCAUUUCAAGGCAAAACUAAGUUCAAAACCCAGAAUGACCACUGGAAAGAGCUGACCAGUUGCACAGAGAGUGGUAAGACCCGUGGAAGGGUGCAGGAGAUGCCUGUCUCACUGCUGUGGCUUCUGCUUCAGCUGUGUCCUGGUUUCCCACUUAGGACCGUACAGCCCCUACACAACGGUGAACUCGUGCGGCUUGGCUUAGAUUGCUUAAAAGAGCAGCUCUGAAGUAUCCCUGCUGGACAUGCAGCCCCUGUUAAAUGAAUGCAGACCCCAGCAGUUGAGCUGGGUUUUGUAGUUGCAUAUGGAUUGGUGAUCAGACAACCUGACUGAACCAAGACAGGGAUUUUGUUAAUCCAAGCCCUCCAGAAUGUGAGUCCUUUUACAGCAGUGCCUGGGAGCUCACUGCCCUCCCACAACUGGCUGUCAUUGUCAUGAGGACUGGUGUGUGUCCAGCAGCUGGGGGUUAAAGCUCAGCCUUUCCUCCUUUUCCAGGUAAAAGUGAUGUUGCAGAUCUGCCUGCUGCUCUCAGAGCAGCACCAGCUCAGGCUGUCCUCGUUUACCAGAAUGAACCAGCACACAAACGCAGCGCGGCUCCUGAGGAGCUGAAAGACUGGAAAUUCUCUUGCCCUUUCCCCUCGCCUCGUUAAUACUUCUCUUGACUUUUUUUGGUGGCACGUUCAUUGCUUCUCAAGUGCAAAUAUGUUUGUGAGGUCUCCUCCCUCGGGCACAUCUCAGCCAUCUGAAUGCCUUCUUCCAUCACUAACUGCUUUUCCCAUCAAGAUUACAGCAGCAAAAAAUGUUCUCUAUGGGCUGGGUGCUCCCCUAUGCAUGAAAAAUGUGUGCAGGAGCCAAGAAACACCAGGAGUUUCCUCCUGAUUGUUCCAAAUAAGAACGGGGAGUGACGCAGGCGAAGGGCAUGACCUUACAGAGACACAUGCACGCAUGCUUUGAGAUCUGCACAGAAAUGGCCGUGACCUCAGCAAAACCUUACGGGAUUUAGGGGAAGUUGGACUGGGUUGUGUGGCCUUGGACAUUCCCAUCCAACUCUUUCUUCUUUUCCAGCACGGUUCCUUACAGGUCCAGCCUUCCAGGCCUUCCCAGUGCAGGUGUCCCCUCCUUCCACCAUCCACAAGUGCUGUGGUGCAGGAGGAAAUCCCCUGGGUUUGUCCUGUGUGGAAGCCUCCAAUGGGUUGUAGGGCAGAGGUGCCAGAGCGUUUCUGCCCGGGUUCUGAGCAAUGCCAAGGGCUGGGCCAGGCCCCCAAAGAGAAGAAAGUCCGCGAGCUUUCACAGGGUUGGGAGGAGAGAUGGAGCCUGCCAUUCUUGCUUUCCCCUCCUGUUAUUCAGGGCAAGUUUGCACUGGUUUGACCUCUCCGUUCAUCUAGGCAGAGGACAGAUAUCCUGGUGUGGGAUCCCGCUGUAAACUGGUCCAGCGCACUCUUGUAUUUCAGGUGCCACUUUCAAACUACAACCUGGAAAGUCUUAAAAGAGGUAUUUAGGAUGAUUCCACGAAGGGUUAGUUUGCUUUUUAGACCAUUAAGUGUUUGUGAAAUGCAGCCAUUUAAUGUCUUAACACGAGGAUUUUUAAGAGAAUUAAAAGGGAUCUGGGAUUUUCCCAAUUAGCUCUGGCCUGACUCCAAGACCUGCCGCAGGCUGUAGUAAAACCCCUGUUGAUUUCAGUGGGUAUGGAAUUAGUGUUUGGGUAUUUAGGCAUUUUUAGGCUUUUGAUUGCCAUGGGCACUCAAUUACUUAAAUUUCUUAAAAUGUACUUUUUAAUAUUUAUAUUACUAGGGGGUUCCGUGGGAUGUAAGAGGAGCAGGAUGAGAGAUGCAGGCCACCAUGCUAUGCAGUAACAGCAACUCAUAAAUGUAAGCAUGCUCUGAAUACUAUUGGAAGGUUAAAAACCCCUGGGUGGG